AAUUUGUUUUUAAAGUUCUUGUCUCUACCCUCAAUAAAAUUAAUUCCAAAUACGCCAAUUGAACAAGAAAUGGACGGAAAAAUUGGAGAUGAUCGGUUGACAGAAAGUUCUGGGGCAACUUCCUGUGAAGAUGAAUUGGUGGAAGAUGAGGAGGAGGAAGGGGAAGUAGAUAAUGCUUCGUCUGUUGAUGAUAAAUCGGAGGAGGAUGAAAAAGACCAAAAUUCUUCCCGCCAUUCCGACCCUUUUUGUCAAAAAUUUGCUGCUUCUCUCUUUUUCGAUUCAAUCCCUGAACAUUUUGCUAGAGAUCAUAAUUUAGUAUGGAAUAAAAUAAAUAAUGAAGAAAAUGGGGAGGAAGAAAGUACAAGCAAUAUAUUGGCCUUAACUAGAGAUAAAGUUAUUUUCCAAUCAAAAAAGGUGGAGGAAGAAAAAAUAAUAUUAAAUGAAGAUCAGAACAAUAAUAAAGAAAUUGCAGGGAAUAAACUUGCUUCGUUAUUCUCCGUUAAUUUAGGCAAAAUGCGAUCAAUGCGCGUAUUUUAUUCAAAUCCAGAACGAACAAGUGGGCAACUUGUUAUUGCCAGUUACGAUUCACAAUAUAAAAUAUUCCAUUUCCAUCAUGAUGGGCUUGACAAAUUGGCAUUAAUAUUUGAACGUUGGAAUGCUGUAAAGGCUAAAUCUGCUGGGAAUGAUUCGCCUUCUGUGGCCGGACCAGAUCGUCACUUACUCAUUUGCCCUGUUGGUGCUGAUCUGGCUAAAACAGAAAUGGACCCAGAAGACGGAUUAUAUGAAAGAUUAAAUUGGGAUCAUUGGCGUUCAUUUAUCUCAAAGGAAGGAAAUGUCGGGGAUUCUUUUACUGUCAGGAAAAUAAUUUAUUUUGCUUCGAUGGACCCAAAAAUGAGAAAAGAAUUGUGGCCUUUCCUUUUAAGAAUAUUCCCUUGGUCUUCAACUUAUGAACAUCGUGAGAGUAUUCGAAAUGAUUUGUUUCUCAGAUACCAAAGAAUGAAAAGAAACCGAAUUAAAAAAAUUUCUAAGGCAACAGAAGCAGGGGAAAAGUUCUAUGCUAAUGUUGAAUCAAGCAUCUUAAAAGAUGUUCUUCGAACUGACAGGCGUAAUUCCUUCUUUGCUGGAGAUGGAAAUGCAAAUUUGGAAACAAUGAAGUUUGUACUUUUUCCGGAUAAUAUUUAA